UAGGCAAAGCAACCCUUUGGACUGUAAACACCUAAAUUAAAAAUAACUUAACCUUAAAACUAAUGUGAAGUAAUGUAUUUUUAUCAUGAUUAAUUAAUUAUUUAAUGUAACAAAUAGGCUUGUAUAUCUUGUAAUACCAAUGUAUCAUUUUAAGCUGUUAAAAUUAAUUUUAAAUUUUAGUAAAAUUAAUAUGUAAACUAUAUCUAAGCUUUGCCAUUUGUAAAAUGCUGAGCUAUAAACAAGUGAAUAAUAUAUAACCUACAUAGAAUGUUAUUAUAGUACCAUUUUAAUGUAAAGUAGUCCUAUGGUGAAUUCAGUGUACAUUUCAAUGUUGAGUAAUUUUAUAACAUGAAAUAUAGGAUGGAUAAGUCAGAUUAUUACAGAGAUAAGGUGAUUCUUGCACCAAUGGUUAGAAUUGGUACUCUCCCCAUGAGGCUAUUAAGUCUUGAUUAUGGAGCAGAUAUUGUUUAUAGUGAAGAGUUAAUUGACUGGAAGCUUCUACGCUGUGAACGCAGAGUUAAUGAUAUUUUGAAUACAGUAGACUUCAUUGACACCUCUGAUAGAUCGUUAGUGUUCAGAACAUGUGAGAGAGAAAGAGGCAAAGUGGUGCUGCAAAUCGGAACGUCUGACCCAGAUCGUGCACUCAAAGCUGCCAAGAUUGUAGAAAAUGAUGUUGCUGGUAUUGAUGUGAAUAUGGGUUGUCCCAAAGAGUUCUCCAUUAAAGGAGGGAUGGGAGCAGCACUGCUACAGGAACCAGAGAAAGCUAAAGCCAUCUUGCGCAAGCUUGUGGAAGGACUUAAGAUACCAGUUACGUGUAAAAUACGAGUAUUUGACAGUGUCGAAGAGACAGUGAAGCUCUGUAAGGGUCUGGCAGAGAUGGGAAUCUCAGCAAUCGCAGUUCAUGGACGAACUCAGGCCGAGAGACCCCAGCAUGAUAAUCAUGCAGAUCGGAUCAGAGCUGUUGCCCAGGCUUUGUCUAUACCCGUUAUUGCCAAUGGAGGUUCAAAGGAAAUAAACCGGUACAGAGAUAUUGAGUUGUUCCGGGAAGAAACCAACGCAAGCAGUGUGAUGAUUGCGCGGGCAGCUGAGUGGGACUGUUCGAUAUUCCGCAAGGAGGGGAGGUUGCCCUUGGACACUGUGAUCUCUGCAUAUCUCCGGUACGCAGUGGACUAUGACAAUCCAGAUGGCAACACCAAAUACUGUGUACAGAAUAUGUUACGUGACUUGCAGGAAUCUCCUCUGGGGCGGACGUUCCACGAAGCGCAAACCAACGAACAGAUAUGUGCCUUAUGGAAUUUAGAUGAAUAUUGUCGGCAGAAACAGCUGGACUUUAGAGAGAGGGGAAUGCUGGGGAGGAGGGAACUGCAAGUGUUAGGAACCAAGCGGAGAAAGCUCAGCGGCGACGUGAUCACGCAGCGGUGUAUUUUCUUGAGGAAUCUGUACCCUGACGAUACGGACCUGCCUAAGACUAAACUGUUGACUUGGGUACGCAAGAAUGGACUGAGUCAACCUCAGUAUAAAACUGUGCAAGUGGACAAGUUGUUUCAGUCCAUUGUCACUGUCGGAUUUAAUAAUUACUCUUCGUCGUGCUGGGAGAAGAGUAAAAAGUGGGCAGAGCAAAGUGCUGCAAUAGCUUGUCUAAGUUCUCUUGGAGUAUUUGACAUCAAAACACUCAAAGAAAAUGGAACUAUCUUAGAUUAGCGGAGUUGAUAAAAUGGAAUGUUGGAGCGAAGAACAUUUCAGACUUCAAGAUAUUUAUUUUAUAUUAAUAAACAAUACUGUAAGCUU